AUGUCCGCUCGUCUUUUCAGCUCUCGAAGCUUCCAAAGCGUCGCUCCUCGGGGCGCACGCUUCGCAUCCAACCUUCCCAUCCCUCCAAAGGUGGCCACUCCCAACAUGGUCUCCUCCGGCGGCAGUUCCAAACGUAUGGAUACCGUGGUAGACUUUUACAAGAGCUUGCCCAAGGGCGAAUCUACGCACAAAACUGGAGGUAUCAAGGGAGCCUUUUUUGCGGGAAAGAAUGCUAGUGGGAAACCGAUCGUCGCUUGGAUCGGUGCGAUGAUUUUGCUCGGUUACACCAUCUCGUACCAAACCCACCUCAAGCACCACAAGAACUCUGACCACUAA